UUGAGUUUAGUUUAGUCUUCACACUCCGUCACACUUCACGCUCCGGCCGAGCAGAGAAGAAAGAAAUACAAUCCACAGAGAUGGCCUCCACGUGGUGGGGGAACCUCUCUCUGUUGAUUGACAAUGGCACUGCACAUGGGGACAACAGCAGCUGUUUCAGUGCCACGCAGAGCACUGUGCUGAAGGGGGUGAAUUUUGGAGGUGUGCCCAUCGUUCUGCUGCUAGACUUCAUAGUCUUCCUGGUGCUCCUAUUGGCUUUUACUGUGAUCAGAAGGAAACUGUGGGACCAUGGGAGACUCGCACUUGUUGCAGAGACUGAAGGCGUCAGCGAUGCCAGUAAACGACGUUACACUAGAAUGGCGUCAUUCAUGAGCGUCGAUGAGCCGGAGUAUGAGACUGGUUGCUGUUCUUGGCUCAUCUUCAUCAUUAAUAUGGAUGAAACUCUGGUGCAAGAGAGAUGUGGUCUGGAUGCAGUACAUUAUCUGUCCUUUCAAAAGCAUCUGAUAACUCUACUUUUGCUCAUCUGUGUGCUGUCUGUGUCGGUCAUCCUCCCAGUGAACCUGUCUGGUGACCUGCUGGGCAACGAUCCGUACAGUUUUGGGAGAACCACUAUAGCGAAUCUUAAGCAGGGGUAUGGAUGUGUGCACUGUGUUUAUAUUAUAGACAGCACACAGUAUAUGUUUAAAGUGUGGCUGGUGUUGUGUUUUCACAGUAAUAACCUGCUUUGGCUACACACAGUGUUUGCUGUUCUUUAUCUCGUGCUCACCGUGGCCCUUUUGAGACGCCACACGUCUAAAAUGAAGGGCACGAAAAGAGAGAUUGCUAGAAACACACUGUUUGUGAGUUCUGUUCCCAUUGAAGCCAGUGCUGAGAGUAUUAAAACUCACUUUAUGGAGGCGUACCCUACCUGUCAGGUGACUAAUGUCAACUUGUGCUAUGAUGUUGCCAAGCUGAUUGAACUGGCCAAAGACAAAAAGCACGCAGAAAAAAACCUGCAGCAUUACCGAAAGAUUCUGGACCGAUACGGGCGACGUGAGGUCAUCAACCCUCAACCGUGCAGUCAUCUGUGCUGCUGCUGUCACUGUCAGAGAUGUGAAUACGUAGAUGCUAUAGAAUACUACAGCUCACAGGAGGCGGUUCUAGCUGAAGAGCUCAAUAGACUGAGAGAUCAUGAACUGCUUUCUCCUCUCGGAAUGGCUUUUGUGUCCCUGCACAACGAAUACAUGGCAUCUUAUAUUCUGAAAGAUUUCAAUGCUCUGGAAUGUGGACCCAGAGCUGGAGAAGAAAUGUCCAGAGGAAUUAAAUGUGGCUGUGCCCGGGAGCCUCAGCCGUCCUCUCAGAGCGCCGAGCUGGGGGUGAGAAAAUGGCGAGUGACUUACGCCCCUAACCCACACAACAUCUACUGGGAGAAUUUAUCCAUACGAGGUUGGCGUUGGUGGUCGCGUUGCCUGUUGCUGAAUUUCUUCCUCUUCAUCCUCCUCUUCUUCCUCACGACACCCUCCAUCAUCAUCAGCACCAUGGACAAGUUCAACGUCACCAAGCCUAUUCACUAUCUGAACAGUGCCAUCGUCAGCCAAUUCUUCCCAACCCUCCUGUUGUGGACCUUCUCAGCCCUGUUGCCAACGAUAGUCUAUUACUCUACCCUCGGAGAAGCCCACUGGACCAGGUCCAGUGAGAACAUGAGCAUGAUGUACAAACUUUACAUCUUCCUGGUUUUUAUGGUGUUGAUUUUGCCGUCACUGGGUCUUACAAGUCUGGACGUGUUUUUCCGCUGGUUAUUUGACUCUCGGUCCGAAGGGAAAUUGAGGUUUGAGUGUGUGUUUUUACCCGAUCAGGGGGCGUUCUUUGUGAAUUACGUCAUCGCAGCGGCACUGGUGGGCUCUGGCAUGGAGCUGCUGCGGUUGCCAGGGUUACUGCUGUACAUCGUGCGCCUGGUACUUGCACACUCGGCUGCCGAGAGGAAAUGCGUCAAACAGAGUCAGGCAUACGAGUUUCAAUAUGGAGCGAUGUACGGGUGGACACUUUGUGUGUUCACGGUCAUUAUGGCGUACAGCAUCACUUGCCCCGUCAUCGUCCCCUUCGGUCUGCUGUACAUCUUACUCAAACACCUGGUGGACAAACACAACCUGUACUUUGCCUACCUGCCGGCCCGCCUCGAUCGACAGGUUCACCUGGGAGCUGUCAAUCAAGCGUUGGCUGCACCAAUCAUAUGCUUGUUUUGGCUUUAUUUCUUCUCUGUGAUCAGGACAGGCUUCAUGGCAGACACCUCUUUGUUUACGUUGGUGGUACUGUGCUUGACCAUCUCUGUCUGUAUAAGUUACACCUGCUUCGGACACUUUAAAUAUCUCAGCCCUCACAACUACAAUGUAAAAGAGGACAAUGAAGAUGCUACAAAUAAAGCCGAAGAGAGCUCACCAUCAUCGGUCUACCUACCCAAAGUUCUGAACCCAGAUCCAUCGUCAAAAUCUCCUGAUAGGGGCAGGCAACGUCAAUCAUAUGGGACGACGGAUAUAAAACCGCCCUUCCUCGACACUGAGGAAGAAAGUCCGGACUCGAAUAUUUGACCGUGUCAGUAAAAGCAUCCAAUGAGAGGACAUCGGUCAACACGCCAACCAAUCACAGCUGCUCUUCCACCUCAGAAGGAAACUGCCAAAAGAGGAACCUGAACUGUGCCGUUGUUUGCAGGUUGUGAAACGUGGUGGUAUUUAAAAUUAAGAAAUGUACUACCAAAUAUCUUGGAGAACAAGUCAGACUCAAAGUGCCUUGAAUGACUUGAAGAACAUUAACUGAAAACUGCCAAAUACGUUAUUUAAUGGACGAUUUCGGAAAAUCAAGUUUUCCUUUUUUUGUCCAUUAAUUUGUGUAGUUUCAAAACUGCAUCACUAAUGACGAUUUGCCAAGAUGUAUUUUAAAAUGCACACGAUCACUAGAAAAGACACUUAAACAUUGUUACAGUUGAUCACACACUUUAUAACUAUAAUAUUUCAGAGUGUGCAUGUUUGUGAGAGAAAGUUGACAUAUUGGUUAUGCAUCAAAUAUUUUAUACAAAUGUUAAUAUAUUAAUAUUGACAGAAAAAUUUGGUGGGUUUUGUUUAGAUGUUUUCUUAUUGUUAGGUGUGAGAGAGAGUGAAAGUAAGAGGGAGAUCUUUUUCAAUCUGUCGUCAGUAGGUGGCACUGUUGCUUUCUAAAGGUCUGAACUUGGAAAACACACUUUUACACUUCUGUUGAGACAUAUCUUUUUACUGUAAGAAAUUGAACAGUUAUGCGAUAUACAAAUAUUCUAAAUUAAUAUGAAGGGAAUCUUAUACUAAAAGUGUCCAUGUAGUGUGUGUGCGUAAAGAAAAAUGUGUACAAACAUUAGUUCUGUAUGUGUUAUUUUUAUUGCUGGAGCAGAAACAACAUUGUAUUUUUUGACAUCUGACAUCUAAUCGUACAUAAAUACAGUAGCAUAUAGGCUUUAACUGUUUUUUUCCCUGGUUUUUGGAUGAACCCCCAAGACACAUUUUUCGUGACUGUUUCGUAACAUUAUCCAGGAUUGAGUAAAAUGCUCUUACCUUCAGACUUAUGCUUAAGUGACCUGCUACAAACUCCAGGGUCAAGGGUUCAGACUAAUAAUGAAAAUCGAUCCGAUGAUGUUACCAUGGCACGUACUGGUACUUGUCACCUGUUUUAUUUUAAAUUACUCUUUUUUUAUUGCGCAUAAAAACAGAUUUUCCGCUCUUGAGCAGCAGUCUCUGUUUUUUCUGUAGAUGGCAGAUCUUGAGUUAUAUAGACAGUAAAAUGCAACAUUAUUGAACGAUUUUUCACAUGUGCUGGUUCAUAUAAAUGAAUGUAAUGCUUGCAUACAUUUUUAAUAUAAUAAUUGAAUUCUGUGAGAGCCAGAAUAAUAUUUUUUACACUAUAAACAUCCAGGGUGUAAAUGUUUUUCAAUAGAGUUCUUACAGAUAUAUUGUGUAUUUUUUAAUACUUUUUAAAAAUAAAUAGUCAAAUAGUU